ACAGUAAUUGUGUUUAUCAUGUACUACAUGUUUAUGGUAGGAAAUGUGCUUGUUGUGACACCGGCAACCUUCAGAGUUUAUUAUUAUCCUCAAAAUUACAAUUUGACUAAUGAAAAAGCGUUAAGUACCUUAUCACGUACAGCUGAGUACAAUUUCUCAUUAUCCAACAUGGAGACUGUGUAUCAUUUAAAAGCAGCUGUUGAGCCGGUCCUCCCCCUCCAACCGAUAUCCCUCAAUCAACACGUCUACAUUAUAUACACCAUUUCCAAUAUAACCAGAGGGUUCCGUGACUCCACCCACCAGCCUCACUCACUUCAGAUUCAUUACGCAAUACAGCCUGACCACACUCAGUGGCUCAUUAAAAUGCCGAAAAAAGGUGUGGUCCCGGCCCCGGGCAUAGCUAAUAGCUCUUCGUUUAAAGUAAUGGCUAUGCCAUUGGAAGAAGGAUACCUAACAAUACCGACCUGUUCUCUCAUGAUAGAGAGGGUUGAUGGGGGAGGAGGAGGCGAGGGAGAAGGAGGAGGGAAAAGGAGUCUUACUAGUUCUCAGUGUUACGAUACUACAUUACAUCAAUAUAUUAAAGUUGGCAGUGCUGGGCAGCCAUUUUAAAACUGUUAUUUUGAUCAA